UCACAACUGUGGGUGGUAGCAGGUCUCUGGAGAGGGAGUAUAAGAGAGAGGGCCAUCCUAGGGCUCUUCACUGCAUCUUGGCUUGUUCUUGCUCUUUCCUUAAUUGCUGGCUAAGGUUGCCAACAGAAGUCCUUCAACAUGUCCAAGGCCAAGACUGCAAUGCAAAUUGUGGCUGACCAAUUGAUUGACAUCUUCCACAAGUACGCUGGGCAAUCUGAUGACCUAGAUAAGAAGGAAUUUAAGAAGAUGAUUGAUGAGCAGUUUCCCGACUGCGUUGAGUAUCCCCGAAAACAAGAAGGAAAAGACAAACUUUUCAAGGAUCUGGAUAAAAACAAGAAUGACCGAAUCAGCUUUGAAGAAUGGACCACCCUGCUUGGAUCCUUCCUUACUUGCUCCCACAUCAAGUUCCACCAGCAGCAUGGUGACCAUCAUCACCACUGAAAAGGAGAGCUAGCAAAUUUUCCAGGGGAUGGUGCUUGGUGUGUGUUGGAUACCAACCUCACACUCACACUCACACUCUCUCUCACACACACCCUCACACACACACACACACACACACACACACACACACACACCCCUUGUCCUGCAUUCUCUUGCUUGGAAUGUAAAGAUCUCGCAUGAGAAUAAGAAAUAAAUGUUUUCUAUCAAAA